CAUUUUGUUAUAAAAUCAAUUACUCACAGAAAUAUUUUCACGACGGAAGAGUUAUAUAGUAUAUACCCAAAUGUGCAUAGCAUUUAUUGUUGUUUUAUAAAAUAAUUUAAAUAUGAAAGCUUUUACAAAUAAUAUUUUUAUAUCUCUUUUGUUAUACUAUGCAAGUUUGGAAGUUUUUGCAACAACAGAACCAUGUGCCUUACGUACUACUAAGUAUGGUUCAGUAUGUGUCUGUAACGUAACUUAUUGUGAUUAUUUAGAAGAAAAUGAUAUUCUUCCCAUUGAGUCAGAUGAUUUUGCAAUUGUAUCUUCAUCGAAGGCUGGGUUAAGAUUUUCAUAUCUGAAAGGAAAUUUUCAUCAAGAAAGUAUUGUUGUUGAAGAUGCUCCAAAACACAUAGAAUUAGAAGAUAGUUCUAAAAUAUUAAAACAACAAAAUUCAGACGCCUUCAUAUUUGAUGAUGCCGUCAUUAAAAUUAAUAGAAAUGUUUCUUAUCAAAAAAUUGUUGGUUUUGGAGGAUCAUUUACUGGAGCAGUUUCUCAUAAUUUGGAUCAGUUACCAGAAGAAAUACAAAAUCAUGUUUUUAGGUCAUAUUAUUCAAAAAAUUCUGGAAUUAGUUAUAAUAUGAUGAGAAUGCCGAUUGGUGGAUGCGAUUUUGAUUUAAAACCAUGGGCUUAUAAUGAAAAUCCCGUAAAUGAUGUGAAUUUAACAAGUUUUUCUCAAUUAGAUGAAAGAGAUUUAUAUAGACUCAGUCAAAUUCAAAAAUUAAAGGAAAUAUCUAAUAAUUAUGAUAUUAAGCAUAUGUCAUCUGCUUGGAGUCCACCACCAUGGAUGAAAUCAAAUAAUGAUUGGACUGGUUUUAGUAGUUUAAAAAAAGAAUUUUAUCAAACUUGGGCUGAUUAUCAUUUAAGAUAUUUAGAGUUAAUGGAAGCAAAUAAUGUUAAAGUAUGGGCAAUAACUACUGGAAAUGAACCAUUAAAUGGUGUUAUUGGUUGGAUGUUUGUUCAUUUCAUGAGCUUAGGAUGGACACCAAAAAAUCAGGCUAUAUGGGUUGGAGAAAAUUUGGGACCAACUUUAAAGAAUUCAAAAUUUAAGGAUGUAAAAAUAUUUGGAAAUGAUGAUCAACGUUAUACUUUUCCUACUUGGUUUAAGUUGAUGGAGCGAACACAUGAAAAUUCAACAUCAUAUCUUGAUGGAUUAGCUGUUCACUGGUAUUGGGAUAUGUUUUUUCCACCAAAUUUGAUUGCGAAAACUCAUGAAUUAUAUAAAGAUAAAAUUAUUAUUAAUACUGAAUCAUCAGUUGGAGAUAAACCUUUAGAAACUCAUGGACCAGAAUUGGGAUCGUGGGAUCGCGGUGAAAAAUAUGCUAACUAUUAUAUGGAAGAUUUACAAAAUUGGGUUAACGGUUGGAUUGAUUGGAAUUUAAUUUUGAAUGAUCAUGGUGGACCAAAUUACGUUAAUAAUUUUGUGGAUUCAGCUGUAAUAUACAAUAAUGAUAACACUGAAAUAUAUAAGCAACCCAUAUUUUAUGCAAUUGGACAUUAUUCAAAAUUUUUACCAGAAGGAUCAAUUAGAAUUGAAUCAUCGGGAAAUUCAAGAAAUAUAAAAAAUGUUGCAUUUUUAAGACCAGAUGGAAAUAUUGCUGUCAUAAUUCUUAACAAGAAAAACAAACUUGUAAAAUUAAAAAUUGUGGAUGAAUUACGAGGAAAUAUUAUGAUCUCAAUACCACCAAGAUCUGUGCACACAUUAAUUUUUAAAUAAUGAUGAUGAACAUAAACAUCAAAAAAAACAAAAAA